AGAUGCGUUCCCGUGUUGCUAUGUAGUGGAGGGGCACGUUCCUUCCUGCAAAUUCUGGAAGGUUCUUGAGUUCAAUUAGGACAGUGGCUGCGGAAUUCCUGGUGUCCGGCCUGAGGUGCCCGCUGGCCGAGCAGAGGCGCCGAGGGCGCUGCCAUGUUUGGCUGCCUGGUGGCGGGGAGGCUGACUGGGCUUCUCUGUGUUCCCAUGGCUGUCUUAGGACUCUGCAGACCAGGAUGGCCUUGAACUCAGAGAUCGGCCUGUUUCCAAGUGCUGGGGUUAAAGGUGCAAACAGCUGCACAGCAAGUGGCAGAGGAUAAAUUUGUUUUUGACUUGCCUGAUUAUGAAAAUAUCAACCAUGUUGUGGUUUUUAUGCUGGGAACAAUCCCAUUUCCUGAGGGGAUGGGAGGAUCUGUCUACUUUUCCUAUCCUGAUUCAAAUGGGGUGCCAGUAUGGCAGCUCCUAGGAUUUGUCACGAAUGGGAAGCCAAGUGCCAUCUUCAAAAUAUCAGGUCUUAAAUCUGGAGAAGGAAGCCAGCACCCAUUUGGAGCCAUGAAUAUUGUGCGAACCCCAUCUGUUGCCCAGAUUGGAAUCUCGGUGGAGUUGUUGGACAGUUUGGCUCAGCAGACUCCCGUAGGCAGUGCCGCUGUGUCCUCGGUUGACUCCUUCACACAGUUCACACAGAAGAUGUUGGACAACUUCUACAAUUUUGCUUCAUCAUUUGCUCUCUCUCAGGCCCAGAUGACACCAAAUCCAUCGGAAAUGUUCAUCCCAGCAAAUGUGGUUCUGAAAUGGUAUGAAAACUUUCAAAGACGACUAGCACAGAACCCUCUCUUUUGGAAAACAUAAUUUGAAUAAAAUAAUUUGUCAUGUCAUGUAAAGGCACGAAGUCAAAUGGGUCAUGAAGCCUACCUUUCAAAAAGAACCUGCUUAGUGACUAUGAGACUUAUAAAACCCUUAUAAAAAUUAGAACCGUUGAACAAGGAAAAUGUUCAAUAUUAAUUACCUUUUCCCUUGUAAGUAUGACAUACUUCUUGGAGGCAAACAUUUUGUAUCAGCUGUCGUUCAUUUCUUAAAAUAAAUCCUACUCACAGCAGUAGCAUUUGAAAUGCCAUCGCCUGUGUAACCUUUCGUUUAUUCUCACAGUACUUUGCUGGAGUAGCUAACUUGUUUGUUGCUUGGUUUUAAGGGUCUCAUGUGGCCCAGGGUGGCUAGUAACUAGUGCUGUGAUCACAGGCCUUCUCCAUCAGGCCCUGCCUAAUGUAGGUAACUUUAAAUCAACUCUCAUAAUUGGGGGACUUUUGGAAAACAUGUCAAAUAUGUGUUUUAAGAUAGAAAAAUUAUCUUCAGGGAGUAUUUCUUUUCUUUCUUUUUUGUGUUUUGUUUUUGAGACAGGGCCUCAUGUGGCCCAGGCUAGACUCACACUCCCUCUGUAGCUAAGAAUACGUUGUCCUGAUGCCCAGUUCUGGCUCCUGAGUGCUGGUAUUACAGAAUGCACCACCACAUUGUUUUAGGAAAUAUUUUUUAAGAUUAGCAAGUUUGUUGUUUUUCAAUCAAGAAAGGUAGGUUGUGAGUUUUUAUGUCUGCAGAUUGAUAUGUUUUUAUUUAAUAAAUUUUCUAUGUUUAAUACCAGUGAA